AUGGGUAAUUCAUCUAGCGACACCUCCUCAGAGGAUGACUUGAGGUACUUCACAAGAGAUAUUGAAGAGGGUCCGGAUCUGAAGGUCUGUCAGAGCAUCUUGAAGUUCUGUAGUCUGUCAUCCACAGACUCUCUGAAGCAACACUAUGAAAAGAGGCGAACAAGGGCGAGUGAUCACGCUGCAAAAUGGAUCAAGGAUUUGGCUGAGAAGCUGGGCCCCUUCACAAAUGCACCUGAGCUGGCGGGACUUGGAGCACUGGCUAUAGCCGUCCUUAUUGACAUGGUCGCCUCCACUUCAUCUGAGGAAGCCACCAUAAAGGCCCUGCAAUCCGUGUUUGCGGAGGAGAAAAGCUCUGAGGUCUGGAAUCUGAUUGAUGAAUGUCUGAAGAGAUACAGGAUGUACAUCGGUGACACAACAGAGCUGAGGAGGAGCAUCCAUCGAAUGGAGGACCAGCUGAGCACCGCCCUCACCAGGCUGAAGAAUUCCAUUCUGAGGGACGAGCAUGUGACCAAUCAGGCUGUGAAAGUCUGGGUGAACGGGGCCGCCUUCCAUGUCCAGAUGCUGAUCCACCUGGUGAGACUGGGAGGGAUUCAAACCUGUGACCCUGUGGAGAGACUUAUCAGGGAUUACAAGGAUGACCUGGAGGCAGUGUUCGAAAAGCACAAAAUGAUGAUAAAAAAGAAGUGUGACACCUACUUCUACUCUGACCCUGAAUUGGGAUUGGGCGGGAUCUAUUUCGUGGAUGAAAAAGGUCGGUGCCGUGAGAUGAGCAAGGGGGACUUUCCAAAAUAUUACAAUGCUUAUUAUGAGGAGAGGUAUGGGAAACAAGAGCGUGAGAUCUUGAAGUAUUUCCGUGAUGUGGAGAGGAACCUGCCAGAGCUGGUUCAGCAGAGAGGAUCUCUCUAUGUCUACUAA